AUGCACCCCGCUCUUCUAGGUCCCGGUCUCGACAUAGCCAACCGAGCAAUGAUCAACAAUCUAGUCGAAUCAGUAAACGAGCUCGACUCACUAAACAACAAAAGUUUCGACCUAUACGCCUGGGCCAAACACGCCAUCACCAUCGCAAGCACCGACGCCGUCUGGGGCGAGCAAAACCCACUCAAAGAUCCCGAGAUCGAGACAGCGUUCUGGGAUUUCGAAUCACAUCUACGUUUGUUGAUUGUUAACAUUCUUCCUUCGAUUAUUGCGCGCAAGGCAUAUCUCGGGCGAGAAAAGGUGGUGGCUGCGUUUGUAAAGUACUACAACAAUGGUGGUCACGAGGUAUCUUCGGAACUGGCGCAAGCACGUUGGAACGUUCAACACGACAAUGGCGCCAGCACUGAAGACAUUGCUCGUCUGGAAACUGCAACUGUGCUGGGUGUGGUAUCGAACACUACCCCCGCAUCCUUCUGGAUGCUCUACGAUGUAUACUCGCGACCAGCCUUGUUGACACUUCUCCGCGACGAGGUGCGCGAGCACGCACUCAGGAAAAACGAAGCUGGAGAAAUGAUCAUCGAUCUCGCUGCCAUGAGGGAUAAUUGUCCAAAUCUUUUGGCUACUUUCCAGGAAGUCCUGCGUACGCGCUCGAAUGGCGCGCCUACACGCUUCGUCACAAACGAUGUGGUACUAAGCGACAAGUACCUGCUCAAAAGGGCCGCGUCCUCAUGA